UUCACUGUCAGCUGGUAACUGUCAGUCCAAAGUGGAUAAAGCGUCAUAAAAAGACGUCGAAAGCGAAGAAAGAAAUCCUCGAGAAUCUGCAGCCGGGAUUCUCCAUUCCUAACGGUUCUAAAGUUGUAUUUUAGUUUGGUUCCAGCAUCGUUCUCCUACUCACCGUCAUGACCGACCAAGGUGUGGAGGCCAGUUCGCCGAUCGUAAAUCUGGCCGAGCUGGGUGCAUUGCGGGGCAGCACCGGCACGAGCGCUUGGACGGGUCGCAAGUUUUACCAAUUCCUGGGCGUUCACUACGCCCAAACAACGUCCGGCAAAAAUCGGUUCCGGCCGCCGAUAAAAGUAGCCCCCUGGCAGGGGAUAAAGGAUGCCAGCCGGCACGGCAUGCCCUGUCCGCAGCUGAAGUUGCUGUCCCUAUUUACCGGCAAAGCGUUUGCCGGUGAUCCGGAAGACUGUUUAACGCUGUCAAUCUACAGCUCCGAUCUCGCGGCCAAGCGCCCGGUGAUGGUGUUCAUCCACGGGGGCGGUUUUUACGAAGGCUGUGCCAAAAACCAAACGGGCGAGUAUCUGAUGGAACGGGACGUUGUCCUAGUGACCAUCCAGUAUCGGCUGGGGCCGCUCGGAUUUCUGCAGACCGACACCGGCAGCAUUCCCGGCAAUAUGGGGCUGAUGGAUAUGAAGCUGGCGCUCGAAUGGGUACAGGAGCAUAUCGGGCGGUUCGGGGGCGAUCCGGCCAAUGUGACGCUGUUCGGGCAGUCGGCCGGUGCGGCCGCCGUUUCCGCCCUGCUGUACAGCCCGCAGGUGCCGGACGGGUUGUUCCACAAGGUGAUACUGCAGUCGGCCGGAUCGAGUGCGCCGUGGGUGUGGGACAGGGAACCGCUGCAAAGUGUGCGAGAUCUAGCGUUUGAAGCUGGCGAGGAAUUUGAUGCACCGGAGGAAGAAAUCGAUACGUUUUAUCAGAACGUAGACGUUUGGAAGCUGUUGCAUGUGUUCAACGAGUACAAGGUAAAGACAACGCUGGAGAGCGGAUUGGAUCGUGUCGGUGGCAAUCGGCUCGUGACCGGCGAUUGGGAGCGAUACCUACCGCAAACGCCGCUGGAGUGUAUGAAGCAGGGCAAGGUACGGCCCAACAUUCCGAUGAUGGCGGGCGUCACCAAGCACGAGGGCACCUUUCUGCUGACGACCGUGUACGAUCAUUUCAAGAGGACGGGCAAGCUGGAUGAUCCUGCUUUUGUGAAGUAUGGCUUGAUGGAUGCUGUGAGCAAGUUCCUGGGCGCAGGAGAUGAUCCCACCGGUGCGUUCGUUGGGUAUCAGAUGCGAUCGUUGUUCACGUCGAAGGAGCUGGAAAGUGGCAGCUUUGGUGAGAUGGCCGAUGGAUUGAUUGAUCUGGCUGGCACCAUACUGAUCAAAGCGCCGCUGCUCCGCGAAGCGCAGGCGAAUGCACGCGUCAAUCCAAACGCGACGUACCUGUACACGUUCGAUUACGUCGGCGAGCAUUCGCGGUUCGGCUAUGGGAACGAUACGUCCCACUAUCCGUUCGGCGGUGGCGUGCACCAUUCCGACGACAAGCUGUACCUGUUCCCGUACCCACCGGGCAAGCCGGACGCGCUGAACGAACGCGAUACGGCGAUGGCGAAGCUGAUGGUCGACCUGUGGACGUCGUUUGCGGCGGAAGGGGUACCAAAGUCGGACCGCUUGACCGUACCGUGGAACCCGAUGACCGCUUACGCUGGGCCUUACCUUCACAUCAACGAUCCGCCGAGCGUGGGGGACAAUUUCUACCGCGAGUUUACCGCUGCAAGCGAUGAGAAACGAAGCCGGAACAAGGAACGUACCUAAAAAGAGAGAGAAAGAGAGUGAGAGGGGAAGGAAGAGUGGCCUUUUCUUAUACUUAAAACCGAUCCAUCUAUACAACACCAUUCAUCAUCACAUAUCGCGGUGGGUUAAAGGUAGGUAAAACCUCUGGGGACAGUAUGCAACGCUAAUAAAAGCGAAAAACCAAAACA